UAUGGAAGCGGAUGAAUAUUUUACCACAUACGAUGCGCUUAAAGACGUGAGUAUCAUUUCCUUUGUGUUCUUAUCACAUUGGCAUCUUAUCAUUUAUAUAUUGUGGCGAAUAAUAUGAACAUUUCCAAUAGAAUAGAAACUAUAAAUUUUCCAAAAUGCACUCUGCCGCUGUUAAAAGACUGAAAUUCAAGCAACAAAAGAAAGAUCACGCUGUACGAAGACUGCUGCCACUCAAAACGAGUGAAAACUGCGGAAUAAUGAAGAUUGUUUGGUCGCAAUUCGACUUUAUGACUGGCCCGGAGCUGAAAUUCGUCUGGGAUGUGACACCUUCGACUUCAAUUUCACCAGUAAAUCUUUCUGGAGAGGAUGGAUCAAUUGCAGAUGCUGAAAGUUUAAUGGAUUCUUCAGGAUCUAAUCAAUCGGUGUCUUUUGAAGAAAUCGAUGAUCCAUUAAAAACAGAAUUAACAAUUCUCGAUGGUUUGGAUGCCAAUUUAGUCGAUUCAUUUGCUGAUUUCGAUUUAAUGAAUGCUGGAGACUAUAAAUACAAAACACUCAAGUAUUUGGAUGAAUAUAUGACUGAAUCUGCUACAACAAGUACAAAAACAUUGACAAUGGAUGAUUCUCGUAUUAUGGAAAGUCCUGAAAGCAGUGGAAAAUCAUUAAGAGAUGAAGGACUGGAUCAUUGUUGUGAAGGUAAAUUCUUGGAAGAUGAACGAUUGGGAACCAGCUUUACACUUGCUUCUCCCUCUCCAAAUGAUACUGGCCAUCUUGGGAAGCUGCUUGCAAGUAAAUAUCCAAAUGAAGAAGAUAGAGAACUCGCAGAGUAUCUUCGAGAUAAAAUUGCAUCCACCUCGACGCCAGCUCCGAACGUUGCGUGCGUGGCACAUCUUACCGAACAUUAUGAACUUGACAGACUGUCGCCUAUUAAUAAUGAUGAUGAACUCCGUCGAUCUUGUGUUGAUUCUGGAGUUGGUGUGUCAACUCAUAGUGAUUUAUCUGCUUUGUGUCAAAGCCCUCCUUGUAAGAAUCACAUCAAAAAGUAUGAAGAUGCAUUUGGAAUGAUGACAUCGACUCCCAAUUCAAAUGUUUUUGAAUUUCGAGAGGAAAGAGGUCAUACAAAAACUCCACCACCGAGAGAUAUUUUCGAUUUCUUCGAUGAUCAGAUUGAUUUUGGAGAAUCAUAUGUAACAGAUGAAGCUUUUGUUGCCAAAUGUGUAUUGGCUGAGCUUAUUUGCAAUGCCCCACAUUCCCGAUGUCCUCUACAACACAAGAUGAUUGUUUCACCCUCACGUCACUUAUUAGUUGCGGCGUUUAUUUUCUCAGUUCAAACAAAAUCAGGAUCAACUAUUACAUAUGCCAUAUCAUUCCUUAUGUCACAUCUUAAACAAGAAUGGUAUUUGGAUCGACAUUCAUGGUUUGAGAGAAUGGUUGGCGAUUCUGUUCCAAAAAUGAAAGCCUCAUUAUUUUCGGAAGAUUCUGAUGAUGUACUGGUUCGAGUGACUUCUGAACUUUCUCGCCUCUUGUCACUUCUUUCUGCACUCGAAAGAUUUCCUCUUGUUUCUCUGGAACGACCUUUAAUGAUAAAGAACACACUAUUCACGGAUAGAGGAAUUUCAAUUUCCGAAAAUCGACUUCUCGCAAAAGCGAUUUCCGGAUGCUUGCAAAGUCAGGGUCAUACUGUAAUUAUUGGAUCGGAUCAUGUUUUGGUUGCCAGACUCCUCUAUACUCUUGCAUUUUUUGUUCCUGAAGCACAUCAAUGGUGUUGUCUAAGAGCUUACCGACACAAGUAUAAUCCAUAUUUAAAAUUACAAGGUGUACGAAGGGCAGAACUCCCUUCAGUUAUAAUGAGCGGAACAUCAAGCCCUUGGCCUAUUUGUAUCAUCGACAUUGAUCGGUCAGCAGUGUGUAUGUCAGCUUCAUAUCAAAAACAUCGAAUUUUACGAGCACGAAAUGAUUCUCGAGGGGUACGGUUGAUUCUUGAACAUGCAGGCGUGAUGGUUUCGAAGAACACAAAAAUUCCACAGAUAGAACUGUCACCUUGCCGAACUCUUGAAUCAGUGAAUACAUUCCUAAAGCAAAUGGAUUUACUUCCAAUGGAAGAAUCAGUUCGUUCUGGAUUCUGUACUCAAAUAAUGCUCUAUUUCGAUAAUCUUGCCGCUGCAUUCAUUGCUUUUGUCCGUGAUGCUAGUCGCCCCGGAAAUGACGAAAAAGAGUGCGGAACACGAUCCAAAUCGUUCAGUUUAACUGAAUGCCGAAAAUCCCUGGAUCUGACCAACGAUGCUCUGUUCAACGCGGUUCUAGCGAGAGCCGAAAUACUUCAGCCUGACAUAUCCGAAUUUAUUUACAUGUAGAGCCAAAGUCCAAACCAGUCAUGGAUAUUAAAUACGAGAUACUCUUUUUUUUUGCCUUCAGUUUCUGAUGAAUUUAGUUGCAUUCCCCAAUUUUUUGUUACACUUUUAUUGAAUUGCCUACCAUUUUCCACGUGUGAUGAAUAAAAACUUUAUAAUCUUU